AAGCAUGAGGCCCCAGUCGGGUCCAAGAGGGAGGGACGGGGGACACGGGAGGGACACAGGGAGAGCGGAUUCUGGGCUCAGCACACAGAAAAGCAGGGAGAGACACAGGGGCUGCCAGGGGGCGGAAGAGAGACCUGGAGACCAUCCUCCGGCGGAGCCGCUGCAGGGGAUGGAGCCCCCAUCAGCACAUCUGGCCUCCCUGGCCAAGAAUGAGGAGCUGCAGCCCUGGGGGAGCCAAGGAUGCCCUGCUCUGUGCCCCGAGAGGAGGGGAGGAGCAGAGGACAUUGGGUCUGGGGCCCAGGAGAAGGCGCGGACGCAGUGGGACCACCCCCUGCAGUUCAUAUUCACCUGCAUCUCCUACGCCGUGGGCCUGGGCAACGUGUGGCGCUUCCCCUACCUGUGCCAGAUGUACGGCGGCGGUAGCUUCCUCAUCCCCUACUUCAUCAUGCUCAUUGUGGAGGGAAUGCCGCUCUUGUACCUGGAGCUGGCGGUGGGGCAGCGCAUGCGGCAGGGCAGCAUCGGUGCCUGGAGGACCAUCAGCCCCUACCUCGGAGGUGUUGGCAUGGCCAGCAUGAUGGUGUCCUUCUUCCUGUCCCUGUACUACAAUGUGGUCAACACCUGGGGCUUCUGGUACCUCUUCCACUCCUUCCAGGACCCUCUGCCGUGGUCUGUCUGCCCACUGAAUGGAAACCGCACAGGCUACGAGGAGGAGUGUGAGAAGGCCUCGUCCACGCAGUACUUCUGGUACCGGAAGACCCUCAACAUCUCGCCGUCCAUCCAGGACAGUGGGGCUGUGCAGUGGGAGCCGGCGCUGUGCCUCAUCCUGGCCUGGAUGAUGAUGUACCUGUUCACCCUGAGGAACACCGAGACCGUGGGCAAGGUGGGCAGCGCCAGGGGAGGGCUCCACGGCACGGGGUGGCAUCCUGCAGAGUGGGGACCCAGAAGAUGCUGCUGGAGCAAAUCGCCUACCGUGGGAGAGGAGGUGGCGGGAAGCAGCUGCGGUUGUAGCGUUCAUUCUUUCAUUUCAUCAUCGGUGCACGCCAACAGGACCUGGGGAUGGAGUGGGCAGGCCGUCCAGGGCACGGGCCUGGCCUUCAUCGUCUACACCGAGGCCAUUAAGAACAUGGAGGUGUCCCAGCUGUGGUCGGUGCUUUACUUCUUCAUGCUGCUGAUGCUGGGCGUGGGGAGCAUGCUGGGCAACACGGUGGGCAUCCUCACCCCUCUGACCGACAGCGAGGUCAUUUCCAGCCACCUGCCCAAGGAGGCCAUCUCAGGUCUGCUGUGCCUCGUCAACUGCGCCGUCGGCCUGCUGUUCACCAUGGAGGCCGGGAGCUACUGGUUCGACAUCUUCAACGACUAUGCGGCCACACUGUCCCUGCUACUUAUCGUGCUGGUGGAGACGCUCGCCGUGUGUUACGUGUACGGGCUGAGGAGCCCGCUGCUCAUCGUCGGCCUCUUCCUCUUCUACCUGAGCGACUACAUCCUCUCGGGCACCCUGCAGUACCAAGCCUGGGACGCCACCCAGGGCCGGCUGGUGACCAAGGACUACCCCACCUAUGCCCUGGCUGUCAUCGGCCUGCUCGUGGCCUCCUCCACCAUGUGCAUCCCCCUGGUGGCCCUGGGGACUUUCGUCAUUCGUCGCCUUAGGAAAGGAGGCCGGGCCUCCGUGGCCUAAGAACUGGACCUCGCGGAGCCUGCGGUCAGCCACCCGCCUUCUUCCACUAUGGCCUGCUUGGCUGCUUUUUUUAAAUUAUUUAAGCUGAAGUACUGUGCUGCUCUGCAUCUGUGAAGAUGAGUCACACUGAAUGCCUCUGAGCAGCUGACAACAGAACUUUGCUCACACACGCGCGCGCCUCUAGACUCACCUUCCUCCCCUACGAUUUACAUUUUUGGUGCUACAAUUUAAUGUGGCUACAGUUAUUUUUGAUCACUCUUUCCACAGUAGAGAUCUGAAAGAUCUACACACUAUCAUUAGAGUAAUGGGGUAUGCUGAA